AUGCAUCAUGUUAUAGUUUGCCCAUUUGGUUUAUUGUUAGAGAUAUUAAUGUACAAGUGCAUCAAGAAUAAAAGCUGUGGAUGCCGUUAUGCCUCCGGUUUCAUCGAUACCUUUACGCUCAACAACGGCGUUAAGUUGCCUGCAGUUGGGUUGGGCACAUAUAGGGUGCGCCAACCCGAUGUUAUAAUGCAGGCUGUGGAUGAAGCUCUGGCAGCUGGUUAUCGUUUAUAUGCUCCAUCAGAACAUGGUAACUCAGCUGUGAUAAAGCAAGCUUACCAGAAGUCUUUAGACAAUCUCGGUGUGGAUUAUAUUGACCUGUUUUUGAUCCACUUCCCCGGUGCUGCAAGGCUUCCUUCUGGCGACCAGAGAAAUGCUAAGUUGCGAGCGAGUACUUGGCGAGGAAUGUUGGAUCUAUACGACGAAGGCUGCGUAAAUUCCAUAGGUGUUUCUAAUUUUACUCUCAAGCAUCUCAAGGAUUUGAAUAUGAGGGCCACUGGUGUAUAUCCAGUGGUUAAUCAGGUCGAGUGGCAUCCAUAUUAUUAUCAGGAAGAUUUACGCGCCUACUGCAUGAAGAAUGAGAUUUGCCUGCAGGCCUACUGCUCAUUCGGGGGUACUUCCCAUCAAGAUACGACACUCUUAAAGGACCCCGUAGUGAAGGGCAUCGCUGAGCGCCACGAGGCUACGCCCGCGCAGGUGCUUCUGGCCUGGGCGCUGCAGCAGGACGUGGCAGUCAUCCCCAAGUCCGUGGACCCAGCCCGUAUCCGUGAGAAUAUCACUAUUGAAUUUCGCCUCACAGAACACGACAUUAAAGCCCUCAAUAACCUAGGAAACAAGAAAAAAAAUACGCUUGGGAUCCGACCACCGUGCGUUAAACAACCGUAG